UGUGUCCUUGUACAGCUUUUUUAAAAAAAAAAAAAAUGUAUUUGUGCAGUACAUCCGUCCAGUGGUUAGAAAAAAUGAAACGCUGUAUUUCAGGAAAUCACCCCCACACACAAACACCCAUUGAUCCGAGGUUUUUAAUAGCAACUUGGUUUCCACAAACUAACACGUAGUUUUUGUUUUCUUCUGAACGCUUCCGGCUCUUUCUGUGACGUUAUUUAUUAUUUUUAUAUAAAAGGCCCAACUUGUCCGAUAAGAGGAAUUAUUAUUUUCUUUCUCCAAAUCUUUUCCUGUCAAACGCACAGCCCGGCCGUUGUGUCGGCAAAUGUUUCACGCCGCUUUCAUCGGCGUCACGAGGGGCCGCGAUUUGGGAGUGCGGAAAAACAUUUGGGUUUUGUUUUUGUUUUUGUUUUUGUUUUUUUCCCCCCGUUCUGCAAUGAUCCGAAAGGAGGGCGUGACCUUUUGGGGCAUCGCCACGGCGACGGCAGUGGGGGGGGAAUCACGGCGGGUCAUGUGCUUUUCGCGCUCAUUGAAUUAGCGUUCGGCUCGAGGAUUGCGCAUUGUGAGGAUCGGGCUCGGGGGAGGCUGACGUCGCUCCGCGGGCUUUCUAUCUAAAAGCAUAAAAACCGUAAGGUUACCGUGGCGAUCAAGACCAGAACCGUCAUGGGAAUAAAAAGCGUCACAGCAUUUUUCCUGGUGGUCAGCAUGUGCGGGGGCCCCCUGCGAGCGCUGGGCACGACCGCCAACAUCAAGCACAUCGCCAUGGGCAGAUGCUUCGAUUACAUCACGCUCGUCAACCCCAGCGUGUGGUACGACUGCGAGGAGAUCUGGCGAGCGUUCGAGGAGGCGGUGGUGGGACAGGCUUCGUGCGACGUGGCCGCCGAGCAGUACCGCCGCAUGUUCCAAGCCAUGCCGCAAACGUGGGCCUGCGACCGGUUCCUGUUUUGGAGCAAGACCAAGAGGCUGAUACAGGACUACACGGCCGUGGCGCGUCACUUCCGGACGCUGGAGGACACGCUGGUGGGGUUCAUGUUCAACGACCUGGUCUGGUGCGGCCGACAGGAAGACGCGGAUUUCGAUUUCCGCUCCUGCCCCAAAUGGUCGGCGUGUUUGAAUCAUCCCGUCCACUCCUUGUGGAGGCAAGCGUCCAAAAACUUCGCCGAGCUGGCCUGCGGCAACAUCACCGUGCUGCUCAACGGCUCCAUCGAGUCGGCUUUCAACAGGAACAGCAUGUUCGGAAGCGUGGAGCUGGACAAUCUGAACCCGCGACGGGUGAACUUCGUCAACAUUAAAGUGGUGACGAACGUGGAGGGCCCGUUCGUAGAAUCCUGCAGCGAGGGUUCCGUCGCGGACUUGAUCCGAAUCCUGCAGUCUCGAGGAUUCCGCUGGACGUGCUCGGACAACGACCAGAUCCUGAUGACCCUGCAGUGCCUCCGGAAACCGGAACACCCGUCGUGCCGGCCCUGCGCGGACAGCCUGUCAGCCGGAAGGUCCGCGGUCCGGCUGGCGGAUUUCGGCGCCGCAAAGACAAAUGCCGUGUCAGAAAAAUGACGAGAAUAAUAUGAAUUUCUUUUUAAGCAGAAGAAUCGAGUUGUACGCUUGUAAGGAUUGCGUCAAAUCCGUUUUUUCUUUCUUCAAGAAUGAGUUCCACUCUUCUGACGUUGCAGCGCUUCCCCGCAUGUUCACAAGAUGCCUCAGAAAAGUAGUGCUUUGGCGCCAUCUUGUGGCGCGUCGGUGCCAAGGAGCUGGCGUGAGAUGGGCCAAUAACAGAUUCGUCCUUUGGCGCCAUCUUGUGGCAUCCACAAGCAAUUGUAAAAAAAAAAAAAAAAAAAUGU